GCGCCCAGGGAAGGCAUGACGAGCGGGUUUCCAGUAAAAACUAAACAGAAAGCUGUGAUAGUGAACAAGCAGAAGACUGACAUCCUAUGUAGCCAUUUUGCAGACAAACUAUUUGUGAUUGUCACACAGUUUAGCAAAGUAGGAAACUUGAUUGAACUGACAAGAGAUGUUGCUGUUGAUGAUGACUUUACCCCUACCAGACCUUCAUAUUCCACAAAGGUGCUGAUGGGACGAGACGAACCUUUGAUGCAUGUGCUGGCAAAGAAUGUGCUUGGUAAGCUGGACAUUAAGAAGCCUGUGUUGUUAGCUCUAGCUCUGAAGGAUGAGUCCCCACAAACUGUAGCCUUACUUAGUGAGGAAAUCAAAGGAAUGAUGUAGUCACAAAACCUAGGACUGAGUCAUACUGAAAAUGAACAAGGUCAGGGUUCUUCCAUGUGAACGAUCGAAGAAAUGGUUUGAUGAGACAAGGCUAGUAUCCUAUAUGAGACAAUGGCUGCCAUUGUACUAAUGAUGUCGUCAGUUGUAAGGAGAGGUUGUCAUGAAACCAUGAAUCAAGCCCUGGCUUCUUUUUCAAGAUAUUGAUACCUUCCAGGUAAAAAAGAAACAAACAUCAUGCUAAGUAAAUAUAGACAUUAAUGCUGGUCAUUAAUGGUGAGGACGGCCAUGGAAGCAGGUACAUCUCAGAUGAAAUGUUCCUCUUGUCGACAGAAGUUCUUCAAAUUAUGCGAAUGCGUUUGAGACUUUUAAGUUGUGCUGUUCUUUUAACUGAACAACACAUUGUGUAGUUAUGAAGAAGACUUCAGUUUGGAAAUGUUCUGUCAUUUUAGGUGAUAAGAAUUUGGAUAACAUAUGUGAAAUUAAUGUUCAUUUUUCUUAUUUUUUUUUUAUAUUAAAAAAAGAUCAAACAAGA